UUUAACCAUUUGUUUUUUGAAAGUAUAUUUGUCGCUGAUAUGAAGAUAGCAACGUUCCUUGUUUCCAAAACCGUACCGCAAGUGAUGCGUGUUAACCUUCAGAACGCGCAUAAGGGCCAUUAAUGUUCCCCCGACCAGAAUAUACAUGCUUCUUCUGGCAACAACACUUAAACUUGCCACAGCUAUUGAGAGCUACAUAUUUCGUCCAUACUAGGCAACAUCACAAGGGACCGUGACCACGUCUGUAAAUUCACUUUGACAGUUGGCACUACAGAGGCUAACCCAUUCAUAGACUCGCCUAACUGCUUUGGCCCCUAUUGACUGUAGUAUCUUCUGCUGGAGGACUUUUGUUAAGAUCCCAGACACUCGUUCUGACGUUAAAAUACAUCGCUUGCGGUAUGGUUUGGCAACAUAUCUGUUAAAUUACUGCACACCUUUGCUUUAUGGAGUUAGGGUUUGUUUUCUCACAUGGAGAUAUCUCCAUGUUGCAGCGCUUAUUACAGACGACACCAGUGCUAUCUAGCGUGCUCAACACCUAUGUAAGUGUAACUGGAGGAAGUGUAGUUCAUUGGCUCGAGGUAAACAGCGGUAUGGAACCGUGCAAACCUGCUACACAACACAGAGAUCGACUGGAAGGCGUAUAUGGAUGAGGUAGAGGGAGUCAUCAACGGCACCUACGACUACACCCAGCUGAAAGGAGACACAGGCCCUCUGGUGUACCCAGCAGGGUUUGUGUACAUCUUCACAGCGUUGUAUUAUGUUACCAACCAUGGGGUGAAUAUCCGCCUGGCCCAGUAUUUGUUCGCUGUCUUCUACCUGCUCACUCUGCUACUCGUCUUCAGGAUAUACCACCGCACCAAGAAGGUUCCUCCCUAUGUGUUCUUCUUUGUGUGCUGUGCCUCCUACCGGAUCCACUCCAUCUUCGUCCUGCGUCUUUUCAACGACCCCGUGGCCAUGAUGAUGCUGUUUGGGGCCGUCAAUUUUUUCUUGGACGGCCGCUGGACUUUGGGCUGCGGGCUCUACAGUUUAGCAGUGUCUGUGAAGAUGAACGUGCUCCUGUUCGCCCCGGGCCUUCUCUUCUUGCUGCUGUCUGAGUUUGGCCUGAUGAGGACCAUACCCAAGCUUUCUCUCUGUGCUGCCAUCCAGUUGUUGCUGGGCCUACCCUUCCUGAUGGAGAAUCCAAUUGGUUAUAUGACCCGGGCCUUUGACCUGGGUCGUCAGUUCAUGUUCACAUGGACAGUGAACUGGCGCUUCCUGCCGGAGUGGCUGUUCCUGAGUCGCUACUUCCACCUGGUGCUCCUGGCCGCCCACCUGCUAGCCCUGCUGCUAUUUGCCCUGCGCCGCUGGAAGAGGCCUGAAGAGAGCAUCAUGGAACUGCUGAAGGAGCCAGGCAAGAGAGUCCUCCUUGCACAGAAACUCACCUCAGAUCAGAUGGUGCUGGUCCUCUUCACGUCUAACUUCAUCGGCAUGUGCUUCAGCCGCUCGCUGCACUACCAGUUUUAUGUCUGGUACUUCCACACCCUACCCUUCCUGCUCUGGAGUGGAGGGUUCAAGAAGCUGGCUCACCUACUCCGGGUUUUGAUCCUGGGUCUGGUGGAGCUGUCAUGGAACACCUACCCGUCUACCAUAUACAGCUCAGCAGCCCUCCACCUGUGUCACCUCAUCAUGCUGCUCUCCUUGUGGUUCGCCCGGCCCCCAGCCCGCCAGGGAGAGAAUGCCAAGAGCCAGUAAGAUUAGCCCCUAGAGGACCCUCCCGUCCACCCUAGGCUGGUUCUCACCCCUCGCCUCACCGUGUCUUGCCUAUUUCCUCAUGACGCACAGGGGGUUAUUGAGGUGGAGUGGGAUCUGUCUUUAAACGCAUCGGUUUGUUGCUACCCACCUCGCUGUAGCUCUGCUAGCGUAUAGCGGUACAUACAGGUGAGAGGAGGGACUGAGUGAGACUGCAUGUGGGGGUGUAUUACGAUUUGGCAGUCGUGCAGGUUUGUGGCGUGGGAGGAAGCUGAAAACAAUUAGGAUUCUCAGGUUAAAGAAUGAAAUAAUACAAAUCUAAGAGUGGGAGUCUAGUGGUGUGGAGAAACGCUGAAUGUUUUGCUGUGUCGUCUAGAACAUCUUAAGGAAGGAUCUCUUGCUUACAGUAUGUUUUGUGUCAACUACCUUUUAGCCCGUGAUUUUUCUUGUGAAGUAUUAUCUGGUCUUGGCGAUAAUCGAGUGAGAAACUCUUAGGUCCCCAUGCUGGCAACCAGCUGUUCUGAACCUCUGAUACUGGCCCAUUUGUUGUUGUAAAGAUGGUUUCUAUGUGCGUUUGUCUUAACUCCGUAUCAGGGAAUUUUUACUUUGCUACUACUUAUUGACAAAGCUUUGAAUUGAACUGUCCUCUGCGAUAGAUUCUAGUCCUCUAACUCAGUUGGCAGAGCGUGGCGCUUGCAUCGCCAGGAUAGUGAGUUCGAUUCCAGGGACCACCCAUACGCUAAAAAAAAUGACUAAGUUGUUUUGGUUAAAAGCUUCCGGUAGAUGGCAUAUAUUAUUAUAUUAAAGAUUUAUGUUUGUCCUCAACUCCAUACCUGGGAAUGUUUUACUUUACUACUUAUUAAUGAACGCUUUAAAUUCAACCGUUCUCUGCAAUAAGCUUUUGGUGCCGCCCAUUGGGCACAAUAGGAAUGACGUUGCCUAGCUAGCACAAGGCUUAUCAUAGGCAAAUACGUAAUAAUAUAUGUCAUUUCAUAUAAGAAUAUGACCAUGCAGAACUAAGCUGUUGACUGUCACGAAUAUCUGUCUAUUGUUUUCAUUUUCUAACAGUUUCUUUCAGAGAAUGUGGAUCAGUGUGUGCACUAGACGAAAUAGAUGAGGUCCAAUUUCCCGCACCCAGAUUAAGCCUACACCUGGACCAAACACUCACUAAGGUUAUUUUAGUCCAAGAAUAGGCUUAAAUGGAUAGUUCCGCGUGACAACAUGUUCACGUAAUUUUGCAGAACUUUCCUUUUAAUCGGAGUAGGAAACUGUCCCUUUUUAAGUGUUAAAUGUUCUUUAAUGAGCUGCCAUAGGUGAUAUUUAGUGCUCAUAUUUCUUUGCUGAUGUUUGUGUGUUUUGAUUUGCAUGACUGUUUUGUGUUACACAUGAAGACAGAGAUUGAUUCCAAAGGUGUGUUUUAUUCUGUUGAUAAAGAUGUGAAAAUAAAAGGCAUAUC